UUCUCUACUAAUGUACAUGCAAAGUGCAUCUUCCCUUAAAUGAGCAAAGUUGCAGACGUUUGCAAACCAAUCAAUUUCCGGUCCAAGAAGUCCAUGCAUCAUCAAAAAAGAAAAAUUAAAAGGACACCUGGGACUAAAGCCAUCAAUCGACAAAAACUUCAAAAGACUCAGUAACGUCCGCCCUCACCAUCGACCACUGCAGCAGUGAACUUAUGGGAACCCUGAGUUUGCUUGAUCCCAACAACCUGCUCUUCUGUCAUGACGUGUCUCCACUCCUCCCACAAACACCACCUCUCAGUGCAUGGUGUCCCCUCCUUCAGAGUGCGAGGUGGACGGAGUCCCCAGUGGUUACGGAUCCAGGGACUCUAUCCUCAGGCCUGGAGCAAAGAGGGACUGGAAAAGACGAAGGCGUGGGCAACUAAGGCACGAAAGCUGCAGCAGCUUGGAUCUGGGCCACACCAGCACUGACGCUGGCAGAGGGAAACAGCAGCCUGCGUUUGAACUGAGUGGAGGUGCAGCCAUGCGCUGCUCCACCCUGCUCGGCAUCUUCACAGGGGUGCUUCUCUACUUGGUGCUGGGCGCCGUGGUGUUCAACGCCUUGGAGACUCCACGAGGGGAGAAGAAGCACAUCGAGCUGCAGUACAAACGCCGGGAUUUCCUGCUGAACUUCAGCUGCAUUGACCCAGACAAUCUACAUGCCUUUAUAGAGGAGGUGGUGGAGGCCAUUGGUGCAGGUGUGGAUCCCAACAGCAACUCCUCUUUUGUCAGCCAAUGGGAUCUGGCCAGUGCCUUUUUUUUCUCAGGGACAAUCAUCACAACCAUCGGUUUUGGAAACAUCUCCCCCAAGACAGAAGGGGGUCAGCUGUUCUGCAUUUUCUAUGCCCUGGUGGGAAUCCCGAUGUUUGGUAUCCUGCUCGCUGGAGUUGGAGACCACCUGGGAACUGGGCUGAGGAAAACUAUUGCCAGAAUAGAGACACUUUUCCUGAAAUGGCGUGUUAGUCCCACCAUUGUGCGUGUGAUCUCAGCCGUCCUAUCCAUCCUGCUGGGAUGCCUGCUGUUCGUUGCAGUGCCGAUCCUGGUUUUCCAAGAGGUGGAGAAGUGGACUCUGCUGGAGUCGGCCUACUUUGUAGUUAUCACCCUGACAACAGUGGGGUUUGGCGACUAUGUUGCAGGGGAUUCUGGGGAUUCGGGGAGCGACCACUGGUAUAAGCCUUUGGUGUGGUUCUGGAUCUUGCUGGGUCUUGCCUACUUUGCAUCUAUCCUGUCGAUGAUUGCCAACUGGCUUCGAGUUCUGUCCAAGAAGACCAGAGCUGAGAUGGAGGAGCUGCGAGCCCAUGCCACUGACUGGACUCAAAACAUCCAGAAUAUGUCAGUGGAUUUUCGCAUUCCAGGAAAGAUUGAUGACCCCUUCAGAAAGCGUCGGCGAAAGCGGCGCCAUGGCCCUCGCAGCCAUAGUCGUAGUGCGCCAACUCCCGGGGCCCCUGAGAGGAAAGACGAGCAAGAUGAGAGUCAAACAGAGUCUGGAUCUUACUCCUCUUCGUCCUUCUCGACUUCUAACGAAUCAGAGUCUGGAUCGGAGACAGACUCUCAGACCACUCAGACAGAGCGAGUUCCUGAAGACAAAAUUGAAAAAGAGGACAUUGUUCCAGAGCCCCACCUUUCACAGCCUCUCGACUACUUUGGGGAGAACCUAGCGUUUAUUGAUGAGUCUUCAGAUGCUCAGAGUGGUAAACUACAUUUAGAUCCUCUCCUGGAUCAAACACAACCCAACUCUGUACGCUCUCGUCACCCCAAGAGGAGACGCCACAGAAAGCCUGUUCAACAGAGAAGCCCCAAAAUCAACCGCCCCAACCCUGACAGGAGGGAGCCCAAUGGAAAUCCAAAACCAGUUCCAGAUCUACCACUGAAGCCUUCAGAUCGAAGCUGAUUAGAGGAGCUCCACUGCUAACACAAGUAUCGACACAAGAAAUAUGAGGUGUAAUCUGACAGAGGAGUUCUCCAUAUAACGAUUUAUUUGUGUAUAUGCAUUGCUUACUUACAGACACUUACAAUGAAAACAUGUUGCAGAAGCCUUAGCCUCUUGUGGUCUGCAUUUGAUGCUCUUAGCAUGCGAGUGUGUAUGCCUCAAUCAAAGAUGAUGAAGUGAUUUUUAUGCCAAUGUUGCCAUUACUUUCUGAGGAGUUGCUGCUCUCUACUGGGCCAAGAUAGAAAUGCACUACCACUCUCUCAACAUGAGGGUUCUCACCCUUUACUAAACCAAAUACAUACUGCAAGAAACCAGAAAGAUUAAUCAAAAACCAUUUGUUCAGAAAUGUGCCACAGCUGUGUGGUGCUCAUACUGAAGAGAGGAUGGUUUGGUCUGAGGCAGUUACUCUUGAAUCCUGCCAACAACUAAACGGGUACUUAACAGGUUCUUGUACAUUUUUGGUAUGUAACAAAACUUUUUUAAAUACUGUGUACAAUCAUAAUAUUUGCAUUUUGA